AUGGUAACAGGCUCAAAGCAAGGUGCUCUUUCACCACUACUGUUCAAUAUUAUACUGGAUAAAAUUGUACGGAGUAUACAAAGGGAUAACUGUGGUAUCGACGUUAGCACAAUGAUGAUUGGUAUUUUAGGUUUUUGUGAUGACUUGAAUAUAGUUGGUGACGAUGGAGAGAAUAUGAAACAGAGCACCGCAGCUUUCAUUAACGAAGCAAAAACCAUAGGGCUGUAUGUAAAUAAUAAUAAAACCAAAGUGAUGGAGCUAUUACCAGACAGUAACCAGGUAGACAAUGUAGUGAUUCAAGGGCAUAUAUUUGAAAAAGUACACCAAUUUACAUAUUUGGUGGCCUCUAUCAAUGGUAAUAAUGACUAGUUCAUCGAAUUAAAUAGCCGAAUCAUUAAAGCAGAAAGGCUUUAUUUUUGUUAACUAAAUACUUAAAAUCUAAACUGUUUUUUAGAAGAACCAAAAUACAUCUCUACAUGGUGAUAAUUAGACCAACAUUAACAUAUAGAUGUGAGGUAUGGCCUUUAACUAGUAGAAUGGAACAAAAUCUUAUGUCGUUCGAAAACAAAAUAUUGAAAACCACCUACGGCCCAGUAUACGACAACAAACUAGGAUGCUGGCGCAGAAGAAAGAAUAAAGAGAUUCGAGAUUUGACAGGGGUUUCAAGGAUAACCAAUUUUUCGAAAGUACAAUUGUUUGGGCACGUGAUAAGAAGUCCCAACUCAGAGUAUUUUAAAGCGGUGGUUGGAUGGAAACCCAUAGGGAAGAAACCAAGAGAAUUUCCAAAGAAGCAAUGAAUAGAUGAAAUAAAGCAGGACUUAAAGAAACUAGGGAUACCAGAUUAGGAAGAAAAAGUUCGAAAUAGAGAAGAGUGGAAGGAGGUCUUGGUGGCGGCAAAAAUUCUUGAAGAGUUACAAUACCAAUCAAAAAGAAGUAGUUGGAUAAUAUACCGCCUCCUCUCUAUUAAUAACAAUAUCAACAACAAUAUUUUUGUUGGCGCAUUGAAUCUUAACAGUACCAUGCCAUUUAUUUUAUUGGUUUUAUUGACCCCCGUGAACUAUAACCUGUAUUCUUAUUUAUUCAUAGGUAUACACAAAGUUUAAAAAUACGGUUUGUGUAGCACAUGAAGUAAUGAUAGCCUUUAUUUAUUUAUAUAUUUAAUACAAUGAAAACUUUUUAACCUUUGGGCCAUCUAUAAAAGUCGUAUUAGAAUAAUAUUUAAAUGUAACAGGUAUGUUAUAAAUGCGUUAGCAAGUUGAAUAUUAUGAUAAAAAAUUAACAUAUUUUAUGAAAAAUUGUAUACAUUUUUUAAUACUAGUAUUUUGUUUUAUUAUUUUAAUUUAAAACAAAAUACUGGAUUAAAAUAUUCGUAAAAAUAUAUACUAUAAAGAAUAUAGGUAUUAUAGAAUAUAAUCUGUAUAGAAUACAGAUAUUAUUACAAAAAAAUAAUUAAUAAUUUUUGUUAUGUUUUUAAUUUUUUUUUUUUAGAGCUGAGAACAAUGACAGUAUUAGAGGCAAUUUCAAAGAAUUAAUCAAUAGUGACAAAAAUAACAUAACCGAGAUGUAAGUACCUGUUUAUUAAUAAUUAUAAAAUAUAUCGGUAGAUAAUAAUAUUAUAUAUCUAAUAAUAAUAUCAAAUCGUACGUAUAUUAUUUUACAGAAUAUUAAACAAUUUAAAGAAUCUAACACAUUUGGAUUCAUCGACUUUCAAAAACUUAAAUGGAUUACAAUCGUUGUACGUUUAUAUUAUAAUACCUAUUGGGCGUAAUCUUUUAUUUAAAUUGUUUGUUUUAUAUUGUAUUGAUUUUAUUUUUUAUUAUUAUUUAGGUCUAUAUCGAUUGCUCGUUCGUUGAAAGAAUUACCUUUAGAUAUAUUUUGUGGUCUUUCGCAAUCAUUCAAUGUAUUGUAAGUAGAUUAAUAUUGUUGUUAUACUCGAAAUAGUUGUCAAACAAUUAUAUUAUCAAAAAGUAGUUAGAAAUAAAUUAUAUACCUGCGAAUUUUUUUCAUCGAAUCUGGUCUAUUCGCAUAGUUCACUACAGUUAGGACCUCGCUAGUCCGACUCAUAUGGGACCAGAGGAUGUCGGAUUAAGAGACAUUGUCGGAUUAUUUAGGUUUCGACUAAAAAAAAAGAAACCACGCACAAAAAUGAAUGUAAACAUGUAUAUAAUAUAUAGUUUAUUUAAUUUAUAAUUUAAAAAGAGCUGAUACUGGGGACGGGUGUAGUGACUGUUAUAGGUGGGAAGUUAGGAAGGUAGAAUACAUAAAAUUAUUUCAUUUAUAUCUGUGAACAGCGAUAAACCAUCCAUUGCUGAUGAAAGACGAUUCCGAGCGUGGUCUGGUAAUACAUAAUUUGGAGAGCUGUAUAUUUUUUUGUGAUUUUCGUUUAAAUUUGAUUUUAAAACGCUUAUUUAAAAAAAAAGAUCGUCCGAUGAUUUUGGAAAUUUAACCACAUCUAGGUAAGUCCAAUAUAAGUAUUAUUACCAAGUUUUAAGUCUUUACGUGUGUUUAUAACUGAAUUACAGUGAAAAACUUCCAAAAAUUAAAACUCCUUAAAAACUCAAAAAUGGUUCAAAAUUUUUGGAAAUGAUACCGUAAGGAAGUAAAUCAAAAAAUCAAUAAAAGGUAUCUUAUGAUUUUUCGAUUAAAUCAUUUUAUCUGGUUGAAAACGUCGUCUGUGUUUUUAUAAAAUAAUGAAAUCGUGAAACUGUACGUUUUCCUACGUUUUUUUCCACUUAGAUGCUUUUAUUUAAAAAAUGGCGUUGAAAAUCAAAAAACAUCUUCAAUCUAGACAACUUGAGUUUUGAGAAAAGUUGCUACAUGUAAAAAUCAGAAUACGUUUACUAGAAAAAAAUAAAAAAAAUAAAUAAACACCUUAGUAAAACAAAUAGCUCCCUCGCUACGCUCGGAAUCUAAAAUGUAAUGGUAAACAUUGUACCUAUAUAAUAUAUAUUAUAAUAGUAUAUUGAAAUUUUAUUGCAUGAUUUUUUUUUUGUUUUUUUUUUUUUUUGCAGCCGCUUCAAUACUAUUAUAUUUUCAGAUUUUACAAUCAUUUUCAUCAACCCAUUGGAGAUAAGUAUUGAUAUAGCCGUUAAACAGAAGUGCUGUACCUAUUGUACGGAUUUUUUGUACAAUGGGUUAUUCAAUAUGUUCCAUAUUAUUAUCGUAUAAAUUGUCUUGCAGGCUUUUUUCAUCAGUCAUCAAUUGAACAUUUUGUUCUUCAUUACCAUUGAGCUUAUUUUUUAAGUCCUGGUCUGUCACACGCUUAGUAAACUAGUAGAUAAUUUAUUUAUUUGAUUAACGAGUGACGAGAGUAUUCAAGUACGUCUAGUGCAUUCUUAUCAUUAUAUGUAUACGUUAAAGUUAAAACACGUAAUUCGUCAAAACUAGUUUUAACUAACACCUUCACCGUUAAAAAUAGUUUUAACUUAAUUUUGUUUAGUUAGAAUUAGUUCUGAAAUAUAUCGGUAAAAACAAGUAUUGUCUAGUGAAAGUCCUUAAUUUUUAUUUUGAUAGUUUUUACAGAGAAAAUUAGAAAUAAGUACAUAUUAUUAUAAGCAUUUAUCAUAUUAUUUAUUUUGACAGGAUAAAUUGCCAUAGCUCUUUGAAUUACAUAUUAUUUUUUUUACAUACACAACGAUUUGUUCCGCAAGAUUUCUUACAAGUGCAUUUUACAAGGUCUUGUCCUGACCCCAUCAUGCUUUUUUUGUGGCUGCCCAAAAGGAAAUACGAUUGUUAGUACGAUUGUAAUAAUUACUAACUAAUUCGAAAUGAGUUUUUUCUUUCCUAGCCUUUUCUUUUUCUGACACGUUUCACAGAGAUGAUAAUCAUGUCAGUGGUGAUGUUAGCAUACUUUCUUGAUGUUUCAAUCUUUAAUCGAUCUCUUCCGCCAUGACCUACAGCGAUAUGUGACGAAUCAACGACAUUAAAAAUAACUUCCAUCGAUAGAUAUUACUUAACUGGCUCUCCACUGGUUACCAGCUAUUUUGAAUCCGCAAGUGCUAAAACAUUGAAUCGUUUAAUCCUUCUAUAUUGAACGGAGGUUUUUUGGAUCAUAGGAUAUCGCUAUAUCGCAUCCGAGGAUCUAUAGAAGCAAAUCGUACGCAUCUUUCGUAAUGACAUUAUAAUGAUUAUCGUUUUUCCCUACCAUCGAUUCCGUAAGCUUCUUUAAAAAACCGUUCUCGGGUUAUCAUUUCUCUCAGUGUUCGACAUGAAACAAAAGUAUACAAUGACAUGACGACGAUGUUCAACACCGGCGAACAUCAACGAGAUUGAAAAGAAUGAACAUGAAUAGAAAACGGGCGUUGCGCGAGACAAACACGUGGUUAUGACUAUAACAAACACAAAACGCACUGUCAAAACUGGAAACACGGUGACAUGACGGAAACACAGCCAAAUUAUUACUUAUUAGGUAUAAUCGGUCGGAGUUAUUGUAUCUAAAAGUGAUUUGAUGAACAACUGGUUAAAGUUAUCUUAAUUGAUUUGUUAGCCGGCCAGUCGAAUUUAUCGUGCAAUAUUUAUAGAUCAUCUGUGAUCGUGUGCAUUUUAGAUAGUACAAGUUCGAAUACAUACAUUUCAGUUAAAAAAAGUUUUGAUGGUUUUAACUGUAAAAUAUAUACCAAACCAUAUCGGAAAUGUUGUAUUAAUAACGUCAAAUUUACAAAUAAAACUUUCUAUGUAUGAAAAAGAGGGAGGGAAAAGAGAGGAUUACUGUGGUUGUUGGAUUAAUGAGUGUCGGAUUAGCGAGGUACUACUGUUUAUUGUUACUUAAAAAUCGUAAUUUUCUUAUCAGUUAAUUAUUAUAAUGCCGCCAUACUUACUGGAAUAUUGAAACAAAUUAAUUUAUACCACGAAUAAUUUUCGGAUAAAAAUAUGUAUUAAAAAUGUUAGUACACAAUCAAUAAUAAAAUUAAACUUAAAAUUAAUACAAAAAAUAAUCGAAUUUAUGAUUCGUGUAGUACACAAUGAUUUAUAAAAAAUUGUGUACUAAAUAUUAAUAAAGUUUGUAUGAACACAUAUACAGUAUACAUAUAUUUUUUUUUUACUAUUUAUUAAACAAAACACAUUUAAUAUAUUUACAUAUUAUAAUUUCCAUUUAUAGAAAAAUAAGAAAAACAAAUCUCAAGGUCAUUCCUGAUCUUUCGGACCUCGGAAACCCAAAUGCAAUGCAUACAAUGUAAGUAACUGUACAAACACAAUAUUAUUAUUAAAACUAUACAAUUUCUAUUAUUAUUAUUACAAUUAAUGACCACGAACUUGUGAAAACAUUGUCAGCUGGCCACAGUGCAUCACAUAGUAGUCACAAUAAUGGUUUUCUUGACUAUGUCCUCUCCCAAUGGUCAAUUUCUAUUAUUAUUUUGCAUUAUAUAUUAUGUUUUAUUUUUCUAGUGAAUUCGAAGAAAAUAACUUCGAUGUAUUGCCGACAAAUGGAAUCAAAACUCGUGCAGCACUGUUGUGAGUACGUAAUUAUUAUUAAGUAGUUAAAAAAAGAUCAUCUCGGUGAUUUAGCAGCUUGAGUUUGGUGUUUAUAGAACAUAACAUAGGUAAAUAAUUUAAUAUAUUAUAAUACGCUAUGGUAAAGAUACUAAACUACUAAAAAAAACUAACAACUAAAAUAACUAAUUUAAUACAUAUUUGUGUUUGUGUAGUUCAUAACACAUCGUUAUUUACCUAGCGGUGUGUAGACAAUUUUUUUUUUGUGUAAGACCCAGAAAUUCAGUAUUUUUUUAUAUUUAUCACUACCAAUCGUAUGAAAAAAUCAGUAAUUAUUACCUAUACUAUGAACUCACUGUUCUUUGGUUUUACAGUUUUACUCGUCCAACAGCUCAGGAUCCGUGACUUACUGAUAUAUUCAAUUGGGGGGGGUCUAAAUAUGGGCACAGAACUCCCACGUUCAAUGAUCCUCCUCAUUAAUAUCCCAUCCACUAUGUUAAGUUUUGUAUUUUUACAGAGUUAUAGACAAAGCUUUUAUUUUUAUAAUCUAAUACAGUGGUUUUAAAUCUGGGGGUCCCGACCCACAAAGGGGUCGUGAAUGAUAGUAAGGAGGUCACCAAAAUACAAAAAUAUUAUAUUUAUGCUAUACAUCGUACUAUUUAAGUUCUAUUAAACGAUUUUUGAAGGAGUCGUCAUAAAUGAAAAAAAAAAUUAGGGGGUCACGAUUCGUAAAAGGUUGAAAACCACUGAUCUAAUACAUGAUUUCCACUAUAUAACUAAAUAACAGAGUAUCUACUUGUGUUGUCUCAAAUAUUAUCUCAUUUUCUAAAAAUAUAUGAUAGGCAUUACUGUUGACGCUAAGUAGUUUUUAGUGUGUAUGGUAGUUAGAUAGUGUGGGGAUUUCCUUAUCACAGUUCUGAGCUGAACAAAUUAUCUACUGCCAGUGUUAUUAUCACCCACCAAUUUUGGCCGAGACACAGGCUCAAAAAACAGACUUUGCCACGUCACUGUAUUUACCUACUAUAAUAAACUAUUUUACGUUCAACGUAUUAAUUAGUAAUCAUAAAAUAUCCUGUAUUAGUAUUAUUAAUCUACAUUUCAUAACAAUAAUCAUACUAGUUUACGAAAAUGGAUUAAAAUUAUGUGAUGAUUAGAUUUAAAUACUUACAUUUUUUUUUUAUCAGGGGAAAAAUAGACAAAAAUAAUACAAUUUAUUGUUAUUAUUAGGUAUACUUAAAAUUAUAAAUUAAUUUAUGUUUAUAUGAAAAAAAUAUAAAAAUAUAGAAACCGGAGGCUGUAUAAACUUCAUAAUAUUUCCGUAUUCCGUGAUUAUUUAUCGAAUUGAAGUCAAUAUAAUUGUAUAUUUAUGUAUAUAAGUAUAUAAAUUCAUUGAUAAUAAUACCUAUCUAAAAUUGUUUCUGUUUUAUUCUAUUUUGUUUAUUUAAUGAAAAAUUAUCGUAGAGGUCAGAAAUUCCACUGAAUACUUUUAACGAUAUAGUCUCUUAUAUACAGCUCUUUCCAGACAUGUCAUCUUAUAUCCUCUACUGCGACCCAUGCGUUCCACUUCAAACAAAUAGUACGCUUACAUUUCUGAAAAAUUAGUUGUGGUACUCCGUCACCCUCCAUCUCCCCUUAAAUUAAGCAAUGCUUAUUCGUUGCUAAAAUAAUAUUGUUAUACGUCCGUAGGAAUAGAAACGAUGUAUUUAUUAAUCAAAAAUACUAUAAUAAUUAGUAGGUCUAUAGAUGUAGGUAUAUACUAUAUAGCCAACAAACAGAAUUUAACUGGCAGUGCCAAUAUAUGUAUAAUAUAUUGGCACUGAUAUAUUAUAUGUAUAGGUUUUUGAUUAUUGUCACCACCCUCCACUAAUUAAUUUAAGAAACAUAACUUAGUUUAUGACAUUCUCGAGAUCAAAACAAAUUCAAAGACACCACCACAUUUAUUAAAAUCCGUUCAGCCACUUGGGUAUGAAAGAAUAUCACAUAGGUACAUAAUAUAAUUAGACACGAGACAAAUAACCCUACGGAAACCGAGUGAAAAUAAAAUAAAACAAUAUUUAACUAUUGUGACGUAUAUAUUUAUUAAAAAAAAAAAAAAUGAAAUCUAGUUUCUUUAAAUGUAUCGGUAGUUUCUUGUUAUGAAUUAUUUUGUUUGUCUACUAUAAUACUUAUGUCUUGUGAAAAGGUUGCAGUUUUAAAAGCAUUCUGGUUUGUGUUGUAUGUAAACAAGAUUUAAAGAUCGAAAUUGAAAAAAUAUUCCAUUGCGAUGCGUCCUUGAAAUGAUUUUCCUUUUUGAAACAAUAUCGUUAAUUAUUAUUUAUUUCGGAAAUACAGUAAACACGGGACUUUUAAUUGUGUACGAUUCAAUUUAAACUUAAUUUAAGUACAUAACAACUAAUGACAAAUAUGUUUGAUUGACUGCAUCUUAUUAUAUCAUAAUAUUAUUCUUGGUGCUCGGGUUAAGGAAUAACCUUAGGUUAGACCUUGGUGUCUGUUUAACACCCAUCGUUUCUAAUUUAAUAAAGCUUAACUGUUAUGGCGAUCCGUAUACCAGAUACCGAAACACAUUGUAAAUAACGAAAUUAUAUGAAAAUAAAAAAAGAGCAGAUAGGUAAUACUGUCGGGUGUAUUACUGCUGUAAGUGGACAGUUGAGAUGGCAAAGUACAUUAAGUCUUUUAUUUAUCUGUACGGAAUGAUAAAUCAUUGCUGACAAAAUUCGAUUGUGAGCGUAGUUCACUUAAAAAUGUUUUGUAAUGCGGUAAUUUGAACUUAAAAAACUUAAAAUUAAAAACAUUACAUAACGCUAAACUUAUUUUUUUUACCACCAAGUGCAAGGUACAAGAACCUCGUAUGGUUAGGUUAGGGUUCAAUCAUUAAGGUCGCUUUACACUAUGCAUGUUUCGCGUUUCGCAUCUCGUGUUUUCAAGUUUUCGUUUAAUUUCGUGAAUAGUGUGUAUAGCUUUUUCACGAAAAAUUUUUCGUGAAUACUGUUUUGCAGUGUUUCACGAACGAGGCGGUGAAAUUAACGGAAUCAAAGGACACGAACAAAUUAUGACUGAACGAAAAAUACGAAACGCGAAACAUGCAUAGUGUGUAUACCUUUUCUACGAAACCCUACGAAACAGUAAACACUACGAAACGUGAAACGCGAAACAUGCAUAGUGUGGAGCGACCUUUACUGUUCAGCCCAACAAUUUCAUCUACAGUAUACAAAAUAAAAACUAAAAACCUCGGAAUUAUCAAAUGCCUAUAAAUAAAUAAAUUCUUGCCUGCAUUGUUUAAUAAUUUGAUCCUUUCUAGAAAGGAUUUGAUAAACGUAUUCUAUAACAAUCUCAGGUUUUUACAAUUAAUUUUAACCGAAUUAUAAUAAUAUCGAAAAUAAUGAAACUGUUAAUGUAGAUGUUCCCCAAUCAAAAAUUUACCUCCUUAAAGCAAUAACUUGAUCAAAAAUGCUAUAAAAAAAGCACUCUUCUCGUUUGCAAUUAAAACUAAAUUUCCAAGAAAAUGUAUUCUCAGACAGGAAAAAUAAAAAUUUAAAAUAACACAUCAUAGUAAAACUAAUACAUUCUUCACCACACUCAAAAUCUAAAACGUAUAUUGUAAUUUAUGAUGCGUCUUCUUAUGUAAUUUGAUUAUAUUGAAAAAUGAUGAGUAUCCACUACCCACAUACACUUCAUAACAUUUAGAUUCCGAGCGUAGCGAGGGAGCUAUUGGUUUUACUAAGAUGUUUUUAUUUUUUCUUUAUUUCUUUCUUUCUUUUUUUCUUCUAGACCGUGGACACAUUUUUUCUAGUAAACGUACUCUGAUUUUUACAUGUAGCAACUUUUCUUAAAGCUCAAGUUGUCAAGAUUGUACUUGAAAAUAUCAUUUUUUAAUUUUCGACGCCAUUUUUUAAAUAAAAGCACGUAAGUGGGCAAAAACGUAGACACACGUACGAUUUCACUUUUUCUAUAUUAUAUGAAAACACGGACAACGUUUUCUACAGGAAAAAAUAAUUUAAUCGAAAAAUUACAAAAUACCUUUUUUAUUGCCUUUUUGGUUUACUUUCUAAUGGUAUCAUUGCCGAAACUUUUGAGCCACUUCUGAACUUUAAAAGAAUUUUAAUUUUUGAGAGAUUUUUUUGCUUUGUAAUUUGGUUAUAAAUACACGUAGAGACUUGAAAUGUGGUAAUAACACUUAUAUUAGACUUACCUAACUAACUUACGUGAUAAAAUUUUCAAAAUCACCGGACGAUUUUUUUUUAGUAAGCGUUUUGAAAUCAAAUUUAAACGAAAAUCGCAAAAAUUAUGUAUUAUCGAAUUGCGCUCGGAAUCGUCUUUCGUCAAGCAAUAGUUUUUCGUUGCUUACGGAUAUAAAUAAAAUAACAUUAUGUAUCCUACCUUCCCAACUUAUCACCUACAACAGUAGCCGCUCUCAUCCCCAGUAUCAACUCUUUUUUUGUAUUGUAAUCAAAAUUCAAACAGUAAUGUUUAAUAUUGUUUUAUUUUCGUAUAGAUUAUUGGAAAAUAAUAAAAUUCGCGUCAUAGAAAAUUGGGCAUUCAACGGUUCGGAAAUAGCGGAAUUGUAAGUUUAUAUGUACAUAUUUAUUUGAAAUAUAAUAUUUUUACUUGGUCAACUAAAAUAUUAUUUAUUUCCGUUGUAGUAUAAUGUUUUAAACACAUUCACUUUUGAUACAAUAGCUACUAUAAUUUAGUAUUUUUUAUUUUUCUAUAGGAAUUUAAGAGGAAACCCUUUAAACAUUUUGUCAGAACACAGUUUCGAAGGAAUUAUAAACUUACGGAAAAUGUGAGUAUUUAUUUUAUUUAUUUUAUACGCGCUGUUCCUAAUUUUUAAACUUUGGUUUUCUUAAUUCAUUUUUUAUAAUUAUUAAUAUCGUUGUUUUUUUUUAGUAAGUUCCAAUAAUUUUACCUGGAUCUCGUUAAUAUUUACCAGUUAAUAUUAUGGUUUUAAUUAUCAAUUAUUUUUUUUAUGAGUGUUUUAAGUGAAAUAGAUAAGUUAUUAGGGGUAUUCAUUUUACAGUAAUAAUAUGUUUUUAUUUAUGGGUAUAUUUUUAAAUCUAUUAGAUGGUGCAAAUUUUAUUGUUUGAAUUAGUUUAAAUGCAUGUCACAAUCCUAAACUAUAGAACAAAUCAUAAAUGUAGAUUGAGGUGAGAAGAUGUGAUCAGGAAGGAUUCGUUAUUUUAUUAUAUUAUAUAUUAUUUUAUUUUAGUUUGAAAAAAUAUCAUAACCUUAAAAAGUACAUACGGAUAAUAUUGUAGUUACUUUAAUAUAUUAUUAUUAUUAUUUUUUUUUAAUUAAUUUAAUUAAUCCUUAGAAUAAUCUUUAAGUUUAAAUAUCAACAAUUAAAUAUUCAUUUUGAUUUCUUAUACUAUAGUGACUUAUCAGAUUCUUCAAUGAAAAUUUUUCCGAUAUUUGGAUUGGAGAACAUUGAGGCUAUUCGCUUGGAAAACACAAUUCUACUAACUAUAAUUCCCCCAAUAUAUACGCUUGCUGUUAGUAUCUUACCUUAAUAUAAAUUAAUUUUUUCAAUUUAAAUGUAUAUAGAAACGUUCAAUAAUACAUUCAUCUUUUGUAUAUUUAGAACUUGAAGGAAGUUCGGUUGACUUACCCUUUUCAUUGCUGCAGUUUUAAAUACUCUACACAAGAAUACUCUUCAGAAUACGAAUUUGAUCAAGUAAAUAAACCUACUAAUUUAUUUUAUUCUCGUUAAAAUAAAAGUAAAGUAUAAUACCUGUCAAAAAUAUUUAGAAUGUUAUUCGUCUUCAAAUAUGUGAAAAAUUUAUUUAUUUAUUAACAUCCCGGGGGGAAUGCUGCGAAAAAUUCAUAACAUCAAAUUAAAUUAAUUCAAUAAGAGUAUAACUCAAGCUUUUUAUAGGUAUCUACAAAGACAUUUUUUACCAAUUCAAGUUAGUCUCCAAUUUGUUAAGUGCUCGGGGAAAGUGCAAAGUAUGGAUUUUAUCGGCGGAUAAAAGAAAGUGAUAUAAAGGGCGAUAAUAUUAUUUACUAUGUUUUUCAUAUAUUAUACUAUGUAUUUGUUCUUGUUCAUCAGUGCUCAUAUAUAUUGCUGAAGUAUAAUGUUUAUACUUUAUGUAAUAGCCACUCAGAAAAAUUACUUAUUGAGCGCAAAAUUUUUGAAAAACCUGAGUGAUAUAUUUUUGAGUACUAAUAAAUUUAAAUUGUAUGCACGUGUAAAAUAAUUAUAAACAGUCCAUAGCCUCUUUAACCCUGGCCUUUUUUUAUGUUGUUGUAUUAUAAUGAUUUUUUGUGUUAUGCUAGCAAAUUACAUACGUAUUUUAUCUAGUAAUUUACUACAGUGAAAAAAAAUAUCUAAAUUAAUUAUUACAGCUAGGAAUCAGUAUAUUAUUAUUAAAUCUCAUUUAAUAUUUAAGUGAUAAUAUAUUACGAUAAAAUAAAUUGUUUUUGAUUUGUAUAGGAUUUUCAACAAAAAGACGACUGCAUACAAAUGAAGGAAAACAACCCUUCCUUCAAUUUUGUAUCGCAGAACGUCUCUCAAUCAAAUCAAUUCGUUAUUAGAAAUGAAGAAGAAUCUUUCUUAGACAAACCGGCUAUAAUAAUUGGUUCUCAAGAUGUUAAAUGUGGACAAAUAAUUCCUUCGACUACGUAAGUAUAUUAUCACUUAAAUUUUACGGUGGACAGUCAAAGCAAUAUUAUGUUUGUCAUUAUUUACCAUAAACUUAUUUCGCCUAAAUGUUGAUCCAGGAAAUCAAUUGUCCAAUGUUCACCCAAACCAGACGAUUUGAAUCCAUGCGAAGAUAUAAUGGGGCAAAUUUGGCUUCGAAUUUCCGUUUGGAUAGUGGGCAUCGGUGCAUUAUUACCCAACUUCGUUGUUAUGUUGGUCGCAUUUCGUAAAAAAUUACACUUUUCCGUUCCAAGAUUUCUGAUGGGCAACUUAGCUUUUGCCGACUUUUUCACUGCAGUUUACUUGUUAUUAUUGGCGUACGAAGAUGUAAUAUCCAAAGAUAAUUAUUUCAAUUACGCAUCCACUUGGCAAUAUGGUAAUAUUAUCACCUAAAAUAUAUUAUAAUAUAUAUAUUUUUUUAAAAUUAUUUUUUUCAAUUGGAUUUUGUGUCAGAUGGACACAAAUAUAAAGACAAAUUAAAGUAUAGUACAUUAAAAUGUUUAGAAUAAACAAUUUUUGAACAUUUAAAAAAUGCACUUACCAUAUUAAAGACAAAAAACUAAUAUUAUUAUUGGAGCUUUUAAAAAUAUAUCAUUUUAUAGUGCAUAUUAUAUGUUUUCUUAUUGUUUUAUUUUAAGAGUAUUAUUUUUCAAAAAAAAAACAUUUAAAUCGAAAUCUUCGAUGGUGAGUAAGUCAGGAUUUUGUUAUUCAAAAUUUUAAUCAAGAGGUAUUUUGAUUUGUUUUUGUUUUAACCAUAAUGUAGGUAUUGGAUGCAAAAUCGGAGGUUUUUUGGCAGUUUUUUCUUCUCAGCUGUCGAUCUUUACGUUGUGUAUGCUAACGGUCGAACGAUGGUUUUCAAUACGCAGAGCACUAUACACGACAAAACUGUCUUUCACUUCGACUGUGAGAAUAAUGGCUAUUGGAUGGAUAUAUUCAAUCGUAAUGGCUGCCUUGCCAUUAAUGGGCAUAUCGAGUUAUUCCACUACCAGGUAAACCUAAACAUCACGUAAAUAUCGUUAUCAGCACAAAAUCACAAUACAUGUACCUAUUCGUAAAGUUAUACACCGAAAAGAAAAAUUUGGUUUUACUAAGAUGUUUUUAUUUUUUCUUUAUUUCUUUCUUUCUUUUUUUUCUUCUAGACUGUGGACACGUUUUUCUAGUAAAUGUACUCUGAUUUUUACAUGUAGAAACUUGGUAUAAUAACAUAACUACUUACAUCAAAAUGUAGAUAUAUUAUCUACAUAUUUUACCUACACAUUUUAGAUCGAAGAGUUUACGAGUAUAUAGCUUAAAAAUACAACAAAAAGAUAAAGUAUACACUGCAGCAAAAAGCAGAAUAACCAACAACGUCGAGGUUUAAAUCCUCAUCCCCGUAGAUCGGUCAACCGCUGACAUCAGGGAGAGGAUAUAGCGGAAAUCGCGUGCUCAUAUUUGUGAUUGCGAGUAUUUAUUUUUGGCCUUUUCCGAUUCAAAUAAUAUAAUAUAAAAAUACUUUUGUUAUAUGAUGAAUCUUAAAGGUGAAUUUUCUAAACUGCUAAACUUUCUCUAAACGAAUUUCAUGUUAAGUUCAUGCUACAUAUGGCAGUGAGGCUAUUAUAGUUCGCACUCAGUGUCCACAAGAUUAAUCAAUCCAAAAGUCGAAAUAUUAUCCCGGUUAAAUAAUUUUUGUCUUUUGGUGCGUAUUUAUUGCACAAAAUUCGUAUUUUUUCGUCAAAUCGAAAACGCUGUUAGAUGGAUUUUUGGACCAAUUUUAUAAAAUUAAAUGUGUAGAAGGAAAAAAUAAUAUAUUUUAACAAAUCUACGAAAAACCCAAUAUAAAUGCUUAUAUUUGUUGUACGAUAAAACGACCCGAGUGUCCAUUCGAGGACAUUCUGGAGGUCAAACGAUACCAUUUGAAGAAAACCCAAUGGAAGGAAGUUUAAUGAGAAGAUACUAAUCAGACAGCAUCGGAUGGAUAGUGUUACAGAUGAUUUACAUAAAUGCACUCAGUAAAUAACAGAUAGGAAAGCGAGGAUCUGAGAGAUUAGAAACAAACGGAGAAAUGUGUAUAUUAUAGUCGUCCCACUUCCACCGUGUAUUUAAAUUGUAGAAUUAAAUUUUGAAAUAUUGUAAUGACAUGAAAUUUGCUAUAUUUGUAUAUUAAGUGCACUUAACAUACUAUUAAGUAUAAGAUUACGAACAUUAGCGAGCGAUAAUUUUUUUUACUUUCGAAAAGUAAAUAGAAUGCACAUUUUGUAUACAUAAUUUUUUUUUUUUUGCCAACUUAGAAUGACUAUAGUGAUGCCCAUGCGUGGUUUAUCGUCAGUUAUUCUUAUAUACUGGUAAAAACGAAAUAUUAUAUCGAGCAUCAUGUACUCAUAUCACGCAUUUUUAUUUGUAUUUUAUAAUUGUUUGAAUGCCAAUAAAAUAAUAUAAUACGUAGUAGUACAUAAAAAUCGUGAAAAUUAAAAUAAAAUCAUCUCGUCUCGUUGUAGCACUAUAUAGAAGACACUUAAAUAGACUUUUUUUUAUUAUUAUAUUAAUCCAAUCUCGUAAUCUCGUAAGUACCUGUUGCAUAUUCAUGAAGGAUUAGGUGGUGUAAUUAUUUCGCAUUGUAUUUCGGAACUGUCAUAUAAUAUAAUAAAUAUUACAGUGUUAUAAAAAUUUUUACUUUUUAGUAUAUUAUAAUUAAUAUAGUCGGUUUUUGUGUAUAUUUGUCGUCGCGCAUCGCUUUAAAAAAAAAAAAGAAAAAAAGUAAUCGAACAGGAUUCAUCUUUUAUACUGCAUUUGGAUCACCGAAUUAAGCGGCUUUUAGUUUUAAUUCCGUACGUGGCAUAUAGCUCAUGCCGAAUAAAAAGUUUUUUCUUUCCGAACUUGUGAAGAUUUUCGAAAAUUUCCGAAGAAAUAUCCGAACUUACGGUUUGUUAUUAUGUCUAUACUACGAUAGGUAUAUAACCAAGUAUAUAACUAAGGGGGUUAAGUUUCGGGUAGGUACGUUGUUAAAAAGAAAAUAACUUGUUAAAUAAAUAAUUAAUAUAAAACUUGAAAAAAAAAAAUCGCCGCUUCGGUAAAAUUACCUUUUAUAGAGGUAAUUCAACUGUUCUGUUAGUGUCUUUAUGGGACGUAUGAUUUAACAUCCGGUGCAGUGUAAUUAAUUUACCUAAUAAAUUCCUGUAUGAAUGUGUAUUAUGUAUGAAAACAAUACGAAUUAAUAAUACAGUUAAAAUGUUUUUUCUUUUCUUUUUUAUUUAUUUUGUAGAAUCGUUUUUUUAAUAAUAAUGUUCAACAUUUCAAAUUUUACUACGGAACACGCAUGAAAUGUUGAAAAUAUUGUUACCAACAGUGUAAACAAAUUCGAAAUCUAAUUCGUUCGUUCAUUUUUGUAUAGUAUAAUAAUAAUACUGUAGUGACGACUGACGAUUCGUUGUGAAAUAACUUUGCGUUUUAUUAAUAGGGACGAUCGAUAUUAUAAUGUCGGCCCAUAUAGAUACUAUCGAUAUUUCGGGUAACAAAUUUUUUCUUUGAACCAAUAUAACGCAAGUCGCAUACACCCUUGGAUAAUGUUUCAAUUGCUGUGAUUAGGGAACGGAUUUGUAUAUACAUUUAAAAACCGCUUAAAAGUGUCAAAGUUCACUAAAAAGUCACUUAAAAAUUAUUAUAAAAGGCAAAAGCAGUAGAGGUGUUUACAAUUUCUGCCCUUCUCCUCCCCCCUAAUGGCUCUAACUUAUUAAAAAUAAUUUUUUAACAUAAUAAAAACGAUUAACACAAAGUAAUUUUGCACAUAUUAUUAAAAAAAAAUAAAAUUUGUUUUAAUCAUUUUUCAGUGUUAGCAAAUUUUAUUUAAUAGGGUUGGAACUGAUAGAGGUCUUUUAAACCCCUCUGCCACUUUCUUUUUUAAAUACUUUUAUGUAACUUUUUCAUGGCUUUUUUGACGAUUUUAAGUGCUUUUUCGCGGAUUUUAAAAUACAUAUAAAAACGUUCCAUAGUUGUAACAUUACCGUUUAUCAGUUAUUCGCAGAAAUUUGAGAUGUUUUAUUACGUUACAAACGUUCUAUAUCAAAUGUUUUAUAAAAAAAAUACAAAGGAGUUUUUUUUUUUAAAUUUUUUAUAUCGGUUCAUGGGUCCGAGAAAAUAAAAUAUCGUAUCGGUUAUCGGUUUUAUAUCGGCAAUACAUAUCGAAUAUCAGCCCAGUUUGAAUUAUUACGAGUUUCCGCCGCACUAAAUUAUAUUAGCACUGCUGUGGCGUUUUCCGUGUAUAAUAUUAUUAUACUAUCGGAAUAAUAAUUUGAAUUUUUUUUUUUUUCGGGCAUCUCGCAAACAGCAUCUGUCUGCCGAUGGAUACUUCCCGUCUCAGUGGCGUAUUGUACAUACUGGUGUUGCUGUCGUUCGGAACCGGCGCGUUCCUGUUGAUGCUGACCUGUUACGUUCAGAUGUACAUGUCCGUGAGCUACGAGACGAGGCACGCGGUCCCGGGCGAGGCGUCCUUGGCCCGCAAGAUAUUAUUGCUGGUCGGCACCAACUUCAUGUGCAUCACCCCAGUGAUAUUCUUCGGGUUCACCGCGCUCGCCGGCUACCCACUGAUCGGCAUCUCCGAAUCCAAAAUACUGCUCGUUUUCAUCUAUCCGAUCAACUCGUGCGCCAACCCGUUCCUGUACACCAUACUCACCGCCUGUUUCAGACGCGAAGUAAUGGACGUAGUCACCAAGUGAGUAACAUAUUAUAAUGAGUCGGUGUACCUACCGUCAAAUCUCCGAUUGCUGUUUUCUUCGUAUUAUUAUUAAUCUAAACUUACCCAGUCAAGCAAUUUUUUUUUUUUUAAAUUAUAGCCACUGUUGUUUGGUCUGUGUCCCUGAUAGGUAGAGGCAAGGUCGUAUUUAGGAGGUGGCUAGGGGGCCUGCAGCGCCACAUUUCCCUAUUAUUUAUUAAUUAUGACCGGUUAUCGUGAUCUAUAACAGAUAAUUGACUAAUAAUUUAUGAAAUUGUUACAUUUGAAUUGGAAUACUUUAUUUUUUUUUUUUUAAUUUCAACCCCGUUCCAAAGUUAUUACACUCGUUCUGUGAAGUCAAAAUGAUGUGGUUUAGAGUACAAAGUGUGCAGUACAAAAUAUGGAGUUCGAAAAUGCAGUGUUUUGUAAAAAAAAAAAAAAAAAGUGUUCUUAAAAUAUGAAAGGGCACUGAAGAAACAGUGCUCCGAAACGCCAAAAAUGUAAAUACGUUUCUGGGCGGAUGGCGUCGUGAAUUGUGGGUCAGUCGAACACAGGUUUGACAUUUACCCCCUCCCCCCAGAAUUUCUUUUCAUUGUCUUCCGAUAAACAACGUGUGUACGUCAUAGGUACUGUCUUCAGGAUAUUUCGUUCGAUAUUAUCGAAAUCAAAUAUAGAUAGGUACCUAAUAUUAUAUGAUGGUUUUAAUAAUAGUAUUUCCUAUAAGAAACGACUGGGGCUGAUAACGUCGAAAAACAUUCAACUGCCUAUUAAUUCGAUUUUAACGAGCAUUCGUAACAUAAUAUAUAGAUCCAGUAUAUAUAUAUAUAUAUAUAAUGUGGGAUGUGGGAUUUUUUUUUCCAUUUCUAUUACACGGAGAUGAUCAGUGUUAUAUAAUCGUUUGUUAUGAUGUCUAGCGUUUCAAGUAUUAUUAACCUAAAAACAUUCAUGUAACGAUACCUUUUGACGCGGCCUUUAAAGCGAUCACAGUACACUUCAGUGGUGAUCAAAUUCUUUUGUUACGAGGCGGAGUUUCUAUUGUUCUUAAAUUUCCGGAGCGAGGGAUUAUAUAUGGGUUUUUAAAUUUUUUUUUUUUGUAUGUCUGUAAUAACUUUUCGAACAGAAAACUUGCUCAAAUCGAAAAUUGACAAUAGGAGACCUUUUUAUUUUUACCGAAUUCAUUGUUUUUAAUUUGUGCGCACUAUUUUUUUCACCAGAAAUAGAAAAAUGACAAGAUACCUAUUAUUGAUAGAAUUUUGGAUCUGAAUGGUAAAUAAGUAAAUCGGUUUUUUUUUUUUUUUCAAACAGUUUUCAUAAUAAUUGGGAAAAAGCAGAAAAAGACGUAAAAUGAAAACUAACAAAUUUACAUUAUGAUUUUGUUAGUUUAAAUGUGUAUACUUUAUAUGUUUUACCAGAAACAUUGGGGUCCAAUAGAAGACCAAUAAAAGAGACCUUUUUGUUUUAUUUUUAAUCAAGUUGGAGAGUAAGUUAAUCUCUUUAUUGGUUUUCCGUGGAUUUUUCUUAAUAAUUGAAUAAAACCAAAAAAAAAAAACGUAGAAAGAACGAGAUAAUUUACGAAAAUAAUGCUUUUAAUAUUUUAAAUUUGUUUUUUUUAUUGUAAAUUCAGUUAAAAAUAUUCGCAGAAACUAGAAACGUUGAUAAAAAUGUAUAUUUGUCUUUUAUAGACGUGGACAAAUUUUAAAAAUGUAAGAGCCAUUUUUGAUGUUAGAUCAAACAGAAAUGCUUGAAAAUUCAUCAGGAUGUUCAUUCUCUAAGUCGAAAUUUGUGGUAAAAAAAAAAGUCGAGUUUAAUGUAAUUUUUUUUUUUUUAUGAGAAUUUUUAUAUCAAAUAUUAACAAAAAUUAUAAAUAUUACGGCCCUUUAAAACAUGUACAACUUAAUUUUUUGCUCCGUAUCGUUUUUCGUUAGCAAUGGAUUAUCGUUGCGUAAGAUAUCUUUGCAUCCUACCUUCUCAAUUUCUCACCUAUAACAGUGGUCUACCCGUCGUGUGAAGUGUGUUCGAUUUUUUUUUCUAUUUUUCAGAAUAUACCCGUCGAUUUGUUAUCGAAUUGUUAUGUCAGUAUUUGACGUAUAUGUAAUAUACAAUAUGGGAACACUACUGUCAUGUACAACCUAUGAUCAUUAAUUUUAAGAAACCAAGUUGUUAUUAUUCUAUUGCUAUGGACUUAAUUGUCGGAUCAUUUUAUCAACUGUUUUCACUAUUAAUUACAAUGUAUUGACUACCCCUGCUACAAUAAUACGUCAUUAUCAGAUCCUCUUAAGAUUCGCUUAAAAUUUUACUCUUUAUAACACAUCAAUUUAUCAUUGUUUCUUGUUUUUAUCAAACAUAUUUUUAAUUGUAGGUUAAUUAGCUCCUAUAAAAGCACGUCCGUAUUAUUAACAAUAUUUACUUAUUAUUUCAACGACGACAAUCACUUUUUGCGACACUUUUACAAUAACAAAACAUAGAGUCUUUAUAAUAAUAACAAAGUAUAGUAGUAGUGUUAAUACUUCUAUUAUUGUGUAAUCCGUCAUAACGAAGGUACCUGGUGUUACAUAAUAUUAUAUUUUAAUUGUCCUACUUUCAAUUGGUAUACUUAGAUGUACUGCCGAAGAAUACCUUUUGCAAUAUUCGUUCUUAUAUAGCUUAUUGUUUUUUCUCUUUGAUCAAUAAUAUUCCUAACCUCCGGAUCGCUCGUUUGCAAAGGUUUUUAAAUUUAUUUUCUAUUUCUGCAGUUAACUUGAUAUACUUAUAUAUUGGCCGUUCUAAAUAAUAUUUUUUUUUAUUCAUCCGGUCGGCUGGAUUAUUAUUUCAUUCAAACAUAAUAAUAUUGUAUAGUCGGUAUAAUAAUAAUAUAUAUUCUAUGUUAUCAUGUUAUUGCUAUUGUAUUUUAAUAUAUUUUUUUUAAACAUUUUAAAUUUUAUUAUAAAUUAUAAUACAUUUUUAUAAGAUAUUGGUGAAUAACUAAACGGAAAGUCAUAAAUAAAUAGUUACAUAAUAUAUACUGGGCUGAUUUAUUACGAUUUACGAACGAAUGAUUUUCCCGGAGGAUUUCAAGCGAAUUUAUUGCUAUAUGUUUGUUUUCUUUCAAUCAUUAUGGAACCGUUUACGUUUUAUUUUGAUACUGUUUUCAAUUUUGUACCAUCAGUACUCCUUAUUACUUAAAUGAUUAUUUAUUUCUGGUUUUCAAAUAGGAAUCCACACCCCCGUUUUAAACUCAGAUUGUGAACCGUUUAUGAGUUAUAACAGUUUACGAAGUGGACCGUAAGAGUAUAUGGCUAUUAUGUUAUAAUUUGUACGAAGCAAGUGGGUGAUGAGCUACCAAUACUUUGACUUUCCGGUUUAGAAUUUAAUUUACGAUUAUGAUCCAGUGAUUUGUUAAUUUUUAAAAUCAAUUUUUUCUAACAUGCUGACUAUUGGCUAUUAUUUUGGUAUAAGUACAUCUGUUGUCAAUCGAAUUGGCCAAGUCCAUGGUCGUGACCACGGGGUCAUAUUGUAUAUUUAUUAUAAAUACGAAAAUAAUUUGUUCCAUUAUUAUUAUAAUUAUCAUUUUUAUUAAUUACUACCUGCAUCGCCCGAUAUUAUCCGCACCGAUUUUUUAUUUUAUUUUAUUAUUUUUUUUUUUUACCAAUAUUCCGUUAUUAGUUUUGACCGUAUCGGUGUUGAAUGAAAACAAAUUGGUGAAAAGUGGGUAUAGUCCACCUUCGGCGGAUUAAAAAUGUUCUGUUGUGAAAUUUUUUUUAUAAUUUUCAUACCAAAAAUAUCUAAACACUUAAUUUAAGAGACGGUGAAAUCCAACCUAACUUAUCGGAGAGUGGCGACGCUUGACAGUGGGAAACACGUGUACCGUACUAUAGUCGUCAUUCGCAGACAGCACGGUUUUCCUUUAAUACCUUUAUGUGUGUAUUUUUUGACAAUCUAUAAUAAUAUAAAAUUAAUAACUCAAUUGGUAAUCUAAGUGUAAAAAAAAAUCAAUAUUUUAUUGGUGACGCCAUGACUUCAAAAUCAUUGAAAUUUUCAAACUUUUUUUUAGUAGAUUUUCCAAAAUUUUUUCUUUCAUACAAACUUUAAUUUUUAUUUAUCAUCAAUAUAAUGUUGUUGUUAUGAAAACAUGUGACAUCAGAACUGAACGUUAAUUGUUGAAUUUUUUUUGUUGAUUUACGGGUUGUCUUGGUGCUAAGAAUGACAUUUAAAAAAAGUAUUGAGAUUUUCAUACAAAAAUACCAUUCAAAUUUAUAAAUUUUCAGGCAGAUAUUUCAAAAAUGUUCUUUCAUAAAAACCUUGUUUUGCUAUUGCUUAAUAAUAGUAAUAAUAAUAAUAAUAGUUUUCUUGUCCGUGACAACCAAUAACUAUCAUCCAUGUCACCAAGUUAACCAACUAUCAAUCAACAAAUUAAAUUUAAUUAAAGUUUCAAAAAUAUCAAAUUUCGUCCCAAUAGGUGUCUUGUCCAGCGUUGCCGGUCCAAUUUUUUUGUUGUUAUUUCAUCCGUAUCACCAAGGUAGCUCAUAGUUAAACAAAAAUAAUUAAAUUAUACAUUUGUACUAAAAAUACCUGAAAAUCCCUAUUUUACCCUUUUAGGGUUUAGAUUUUCAAAAAACCCUUCUUAGCGAAUACCUAUGUCAUGAUAGCUAUCUCUAUACCAAAGUUCAGCCCGAUCCGUCCAGUAGAUUGGAUUAAGCGAUAAUGAAUCAGUCAAUUAGUCAGUCAGGACAUGUUAUUUUAUAUAUAUAUAGAAGAUUAGUAUAACAAUAUGAUCACGUAUAUACUAACGAAUAUCCGUUUGUUUCAUUUUUAAAAUAUUGCAUUUUAAUACUGACCCAAAAAAAAAAAAAAAAAAUGUUUUACUUUUACACCACAGUUAAUGAAAUAUUGAAAUAAUAUAGUACCAAAGUACCGCUAAAGUUUUCACCCCAUUUAGAAUCUAUAGAAAACUAUUUAUUUUUUUUUUGCUAUUUUUAAAAUAAUACAAGUGGAUGCGCAUUGACUAUCUGUUAGACGUGAUUAUUAAAAUAAUAAUUAUUGAACCAAUGGCGUAUUUAGAAUAUUUUCAAGAAGCGGAAACAAAAAAUGUAAUAUUCAGACUUGUGAAGGGGGGUAUGCCCCUUUUCAGUUUGUGUAUUACAAAAAUAUUUAUGUCACAUACCCAACUAUUGAUAAAAUUAUUUUUUUUAUAUUCAAAAACAUCAAUUAAUUAUAGACAUUAACUAAUAUGCUUUAUAUGCAUAAUAUAAAGCAGUCUAUGCUUUAUUACAUUAUAAUAUAUUAAUAUUUUGUAUAUUAAAAAUUUGGGAUCUAUUCCUAAAUCUACUCUCUUAAAAACGCCUCAAUAUGGAACAAAUAAUUAAAAAAUCGAAUUUUCACCAUGGAAAAUGGAGAACUUGUGCAUUGUACAGCUUCGGUUUUAUUUUUAAAUCUUGCGAAUACAAAAAGUGAUUAUUGUUAAAAAUACUGACGAUUUUAUAUUUUUCAAACUCGAAUAGCUUGCGAGUUCACAAUACCAACUGUGGACAGUGCAAGUUUUUGUUUUACGAUAAAAAUAUAGUUUCUUAACUACAAGUUCGUAUUUCGAGUAGAUUUUGUUGGACUAACUGAUUUUUGUAAUCAUUUUUGUUAAUUGCAAAAUUAUAUGUAUAAUUAAUCAUGAUUAUACAAUUAAUAUUUGUGAUAAUGACACGGGACUACGUUUUAAUGUAUUUGAAAGUAAAUUUGAAUAUUUUAGAGUUGUUAAAAUUUCGUUUAUUGCUGAUAUACCCUGUGCAUAUAGGAGGUAGCACGUCCUCUUUAAACGUAUUUUUUAUCAAUGUUAUUUUCUUUCAUGUUUCUUAGUAGUUAUAUCUUAAUAUAAUUUGAUCAGUUUAAUUAUAUUAGUAUUGUUUUAAAAAAUUACACUUUUUUUUUUCAAUAUACCAAAACGAUCUUCAUUGUUUUACAAAUAUUUUGAAUUUCGUUUCUAAAAACUCAAAUAAAAAAAGAAGAAAGCAAAAAAAAAAAUAGUAAUAAUAAUAAAAGAGAUGAACUAAUAAUACAAAAUAAUAUAUAUCCACUUAUCAAUAGAUUCCGAGUCAAACAAAUUGAAUUUCUUCAAAAGCAUUAAAGGUUUAAGGACUCAGCGAAUGAAACGAUGAGUUGAGCGUUUAUAUAUUUUUGUCUAUACUAUUAAAGUCCUCAACAUGUUAAAUUUUAAAACAUUUUAUUCUCGUUGUAUAUAAUAUUGUUUUAGAUUAAAUUCGAGUUUUUAAGAUAUAUAUUAUAUUACUAGCUGUCUCGCCCGGCUACGCCCGUGCUUAAACUUAUUUUUAUGUAAGAUUAGGUUAUUACAGGCAAAUAAAACAAAAAUUGUAAUCGUCGUUUUCUUUCCCAUUCUAAUCCAGGCCUAGGACUCGCAGCAAGUUUCUCUUGCUGACACGAUUAAAAACUUUUUAGCUUUUUAUUUAACAAUUCAGCAAUGGUCUAAUCGUCGUUAGGUUAGGUCUACUUCUCCUACUGGUCAGAUCGAGGAUUUAAAUAGUUUAAAACCUUUUCCGGACAAUGAGGAUUAUUUUGCAAAAAAUCACGUAAAAAGUUAUUUUUAAGUUAGUUUCAAAGAACAUACACGACAAGAUUUUUAUUUUCACAUUUAUAUAUAGGUAUAUUAUAUUAUACAGUUAUAUAUUUUAUACGUUUUUGUUCUUCUGAUUUGUACGCGUUUCAAACCGAAGUCCCGAAAGUCGAUAGUUUCAUAACAAUAAAAACCAUUAAAAACGGUUUUGUGGUAGAUUAGAAAAUUGAAUUAUAAUAAUAUUUUAGCGCGUAUAAUAACUACACAUAACAUUAAAAUUCGUUAAUUUCCUUAUUUCUAUUAUAAAAGUAAAGACACGUAAUAAUAAUUAUCUUUAAGAUUUUGUGUGUACCGAAUUAUCAAAGAAGCUAGAUUAGUUUUACUCAGUGGUAUAUAUUUUGGACUAUAUUUUCCUAAAGUUUCCAAGAAUUAACUUAACCUAGACAAACUUUUAGAAAACUCAUCAUGGAAAAAUGACUUUCAAAAUAUUUUUCUCCUACACAUAUAUUUGUUUAUAAACAUAUUAUACUAAUAGGGUUUAAAAACUAACUUCACGAUUCCCCCUCAGUAAACAAAAAUACCUAUGUAAAACAAAAUCUAGUUGUGUAUUGGACUCAAUAAGUAUUAAAGAAUUUAUUUUUAAUAAACUCCAAAUAGUGUAUACAAAUCUCUACUAAAAGAAUACAAUUUAAGCGUGGUGGCACUGCAAGAGGUGAGAUAGACCGGGUUCACAUUUUUAACCUAUUCUUCGAAAGCGUAUGUAAAAUAACGCUAAAAAAAAACCUCAUGAAACUUUUCACUAUUAAUUCACAUGUACCUACUAAAAAUAACGAUAUUUUAGAUAAGGAUGAUUUUUAUGACGAAAUAUCAAGAAUUAAUGACAACGAACCGAGAAACAUAGUGAAAAUCAUAGUGCGAGAUUAUAAUUUAAAAAUAAGUAGAAAGACUGAUAUUUUGCCUAUAAUUUUAACAUAGAGUGCACAUGAAAUAAGUAAUAAAGAACUGAGAUUUCAAUUUCGCUGCAACCAGGAGAAUGACUAUCAGCAAUACAACAUUAACACAUAAAAGUAUUCAUAAAUACUUUUGGAAGUGUCCUGAUAGACGAACAAUGAACCAAAUCGACAACGUGUACUUAUUGCAAUUAGAUUCAGAUUUAUUAUCGCCAAUGUACGAAGCUAUCGGAGAACAGACUGCGAUACAGAUCAUUUCCUGGUCAACGCCAGGGUCAGACUUAAAUUGAAAAAUGGAAUACAUGAACAGAAGAAAAAUACCAAAAGUCAAUCCAGAAAAUAUUAAAAGCGGAGAGAACAAUAGGAUGUAUUCUCAAAAGGUUAAAAAAACUGUCAAUAAAGCGAUUAAUCAAUGCCUUAGUAAAUUGGAGUGCAAUUUCUGACAUCAUUUUAAAUGCUGCCAAAAAUAUGCUUGGAGAGCAAAAAAAAUCAAGGUAAACAAUUUUCUAACGAAAACGGCAUUACUUCAAUACCUCAGAUCAUAAACACAGGCAAAAAAAGAGGCUUUCAAAUUUGAACGGAAAAGUACAAAAGUAUCAUACAAAAAAAAAAUAAAUGUCAACGAUCUCAUACGCAGUACUGAUCAAGACCACUCACAGGCGAAGAUAAGACAGUUUUCACAAAGAUCAAGAAGUACAAAAUUUUCAAUAAAAGUUUGACAGCAGUCAAGGACGACAAAUCUAAUUUAAUCCUAAUUUAAAUCCAUGAGAAGACAACUAGAUGGCGUCAAUCUUUCAAGAAUUCACUAAACGGUGAACUACCAGAAUCACCAAUAACCACAAUACCUCAAUGGUACGGCCUCUUGGUUAGACAAAAUAUAAAUAAUAUGAAGAUUAGUGAAAUCACAAGAGCCAUCAAUAGCCUAAAAAAACUGGAGAUCCCGGAAGCAGACAGGAUUCCAGCAAAAUUGCUAAACUAUGGAAGAGAAGAAGUACAUAAAAUAAUCCAUGAAAUGUGCAGUAGAUAUGGGAGAGAUAAGAUUUACUACAAGAGUGGAAUAGAGCAAUAUAAGUGUAUAAGAAAAGUAAUAAGCUCUACAAAUUACGCAAAAAUAAUAUUACUAAAUACUGCAUAUAAAGUGUUCUCGAAAAUCCUCUUAAGACAUUUUGAACCACUAGUAGGAAAGUACAUAAGAGAGUAUCAAGGUGGCUUCUGUAAAGGAAAAUCGACAAUCGAUCUACUUGUAGUCGUUGGACAAUCGAUAAAAAAAAAAAUAUAUUGAGUUUAAAUAAAACAUGUUGCAAGUCUUUGUUGACAUUAAAAAGACAUAUAAUAACAUUUAUCGCGAUAGCCUAUGUUAUAUCAUGUAUGAAUUUGGUUUUCCUAAAAAGCUUCUCAACUUUUUAAAAAUGUGCAUGAACGACACAUUUUACCAAGUGAGAGUGAACCAAAUCCUAUCUGAAGAUUUUAAAGUAAUAACAUGCCUAAAACAAGUGGACGCGCUAACACCGCUAUUAUUCAAUGUAACUUUGGAAAAGACAAUAUGUUGUGUCUAAGAUAAUAAUUUAGGAACUACAGUGGUCACCGCUUAUAGUGAUCACAUUUUCCCGAUAAUAUUUUGAUCACUUUAACUGGAAAUCAUUAUAAGCGGAAACUCAAAAAACAGGUAAAAAAUAACGGAAACAUAAUAUGUUAACAAUAAUAAUAAUAAAAUUUAAUUUUACAUAAGUAUAUAUAAUACAUACAAUAUACAUACGUUUUAUGUUGUUUCAAAAAAAUUAGUGAUGUGUGCUUGUUUAUUUAGUAUAGAGGCUGUCAUAAUGUAUUCUAAGUUGUUGAACAUAGCAAAGUAGUCUGGGCCCAUAUCACGGUUUCAUAAAUAAAACAUUACCUAAAUUACUAUGUACCUAGAUUAGAUUAGGUUCAUAAACUAUAAUCGUCGUUAACUAUCAUUACCUACAUUACAACGUAGAUUAAAUUAGAUUCAUAAACCUAUAAUCAUCAGGAUUCUCUUCCUUGUGUGUAUUAUUGUAUUAUUUCUAUUUCUGAUAUGACUUUAAUUAAUCACUAUAACCGAAAACUCAAACACAGUAAGCGGCGAAAAAUGCACUAAUUACAGCUGUUUGUUCCGUUUCUUGCAUUUCUGAUCACUACAAGCGGUUGAUUUUUAUAACUAGUGAACACUAUAAGUAGUAUUAGUGACGUACAGAUUAAUAUAUUCGAUUUUGCAGAUGACCUUAACCUGAUAGGAGAUAUCAAGAAAGUAAUAUUUAACACAAAAUAUAAAACCACUUAUAGAGAAGGCUGAAUCAAUAGGCCUGAGAUUAAACCAAGAAAAAUAAUAAGGUGAUGGAAUUACUAUCCAACAAGGAAAACAAUAUGGAAGUUAGAGGUUAUGCCUUCGAAAAUGUCUAACAGCUCAAGUAUGUUGGUUCGACUAUAACUUCCAACAACUGGAGUAUUAAAAUCAUAAGCUGCAUACACAAAGCAGAUAAGAUAUAUUUUCCACUACAUAAAUAUUGCAAAUCCAAGUCGUUCAGUUGUUCUUUAGAGGGACAAAAAUUAGACUAUACAUUAGCAUAAUAAGUCCAAUGGUGGCUUAUGGGUGUGAACUAUGGCCUAUAAGCCUAAAAAUAUAAAAGAAAUUGUUAAGUUUUGAAAAUAAAAUACCGAGGAAGAUAUGUGAUCCGGUCUUUGACAGUGAAUUUAAUGGCGAAGUAGGAAUAGUAGAGGGUUAAGAGAAGUCACCCAAGUAACAACAUUGCAAAAUUACAUUAAAAGCCAAAGACUCCAAUGGUUUAGUCUGUAUUACGAAAAGCAUAAACCUUAAGUCUAAGAGCAGUAAUCGAAUAGCAGUCAAAGGAGAAAAAACCCAAAAGAAGACCUAGGAAGUACUGGAUAGACGGAAUAAGGAAAUAUCUGGAAACACUGGGAGUGACAGAUUAAGAAGACAAAAUUUAGAACCGAGAAGAUAACCGAGGACAGUAACGGUGGUAGCAAAAAUUCGUAUACAAUAGUAAAGUUGGAAAAAAAACAAUUUAAUUCGAAGUUUUAAAAAUACACCAGUAACAAUAACUAAAGCGUCUCCUCCGUACUUCAAAGAUAUAAUCUAAAGGAGACUAAUAAUUUUACCUUUAUUAAGAAGGAAGACUCUGUUUCCCUCCAAUAUAUGGUACAUGGCAAAUAUACCUCUAUUACUGGAGUAGGUACUCCAGUUUGGAAUAAUUGCGAAAAGUAUUGUAACUAUUAUUGAAAUAUAAAGUUUUUCUUUUAGAUAUUUAGUUCGACGUAAUAAAAUAUGAAAUGUUUAUAACAUAAUAAUAUUACGACGAUGCGUCUUUUUUUGAUUAUAUAUAUCGAACAGUAUUAGAAUUUUGCAUCUGUACGUGGGGGAAGGCGAAAUCGGCAUGAACUGUUUAUAUUGAAGAUCCGGUGAGAUUAUUAAACGAUGAAUACAAACGUUAUAAGAAUAAUUCGAGGACGGAAGUUUAAACUCCUUUAUAAAUACGUUGCUCUGUUUGUUUUUUUUCAUUCGUUUAGUAUUUAUUAAAAACGUUUAUGAAACGAAAAAUAUAAAAUUACAAUAUAUAUUAGAUACGUGUAGGUAGUAUAUGACUGUUUCCAUUUCCGAUUCUAUUGACCGGAAACGGUCGAUAUUACUUAUUUUUAAUCAUACAUCAUAAUAUCGAUUUUAUACACGUGAUUUUCAUAUAUAGGAACAUUUUAUUUCUUAUAAGUUAUUACGUUUCCGGUAGCAAACACUGAAAUACGAUAUUUUUCAAUAUCCUAUCCGUAUAAAAUAAUAAUAGGUAUGCGACUUGUACACUGCCACCAAAUAUCGAGUGUAUGUUACACACUCACGUAACUUGUCAGUAUAUAAUAUAAACAUUUAGAAUAUAAUAUAUAUAAUAUAUAUAGGUACCUAUUUUUGUUUUAUAUUUUCUUCCUAUAAAUUAUUAAAAUAUUAAAUUUAAAAUGUUAAUAUUAUUAUAUUGUAGUAGAAUAUAAAGAAAAAUAAUAAUAAAAAAGGGAUUUAGGGGAUACAUAUAUGAUGUACUGAUGUCUGAUAUGAUGUUCAGGUAUAGCCGUAUUUAACUAUAUCGCAAUACAUAGGUAUUGCGAUAAAAUAUUAUAGUGACGAGUCGAUUUAUUACUGCGUGUUUAUAUUGUAAUGGUGUUCUUAUUUAAUGUUAGUAUUAUUAAUAUAGUAUCGAUACGACGUUUUAUUACUUAUCUAAACAAAAUGAGAAUGAAUACGGAUGUUGUAAAUGCGUUAACAAAGGUAACGGGAUCACACAAAUUGUCACAUCGAUGAUGUGACAAUUUCCGUAUUAUCGAAUGUCAGUGACAUAUAGAGUGGCAUGACGGGUAAUGAACCAAGAACCCAUCACAUUUAGUUUUUCAGUAGACGAGCAGGUAAAUAAAAACAACAGGCUUUGAAUAUUGUUUUGAUUAUGCAAGUAACAUGAGUGUAGGACGGGUAGAUGUAAAAAAACACGUAUUUAUUUUUUUUUGCUCCAAACUGUGUAAAUUGGGCCUCAACUAGAAUUGUACUAAGUUCCAGAUUUAGUUAAUCUAGAAUAUUUUACCAUUGGCAUUAGAAGUUCUAAUUACAUUGCUGUCAAAUAUAAUAUCCCUACCGUAUUUAUCCAUAACUGACUCGAAAAUAUGAAUCGCCUUGUAUACUAGAUUAUUAGAAUGGUUCUAUAUGACGUGAUUUUAAUUGUGGUAUAUAUUGUGUUGACAUAAAUGCGUAUUGUAUUUGUUGACGAUAGUACCUAUUGUAGGAGAUCUAUCAUUUCUUUUUACCUAUUUAUUUUAAUUAAUAUUCUAUUACAAAAAUAUAAUAGUUAUUACUUAUCUCGGAUAUUCUGUUUAAAGUUAGCUGCUCGAAUGUAAGGAGCAAAAUAUAAGGAUGUGUAAGUCUCGAUGAAUCGCUACUUCAUAAACACUACUUGGCUUAUUUAAAUUAUAAAUAGACAUGGGUCCUCUAACAUUUCGUCAACAAAACCACUGUAAUGUUUAGGUAAGUAUUUGGCUAUAUAAAGCCGUCGGAUAUUAAAUAAGUGACGACCUGUGAGCUCGAAGUGUAACGAAUUGUUCGACAACGUAUAUUGUAUAGCCGAUAUGCGAGCGAAUGUGCAGAGAUAAACAGGUUUACAUGAAAAACAAGAAAAAAGAGUACGUACACUUUUGAGUUUGUUUUCAUAAUAAUAGACGUGAAUAUCUUUAAGUAUAAUAUUAAACUAUUCAGUAUAUUCAAUAUCUACUUCACAAAUAUACAGACAGCUCUUAGUCCUGGUGGGCGAUCACGAGUCGCGACAUGUUGAACUCGUGUAAUUAAACCAGUCAGUGGCAAUGUGUUGUAUAUGGUUAUGAGUGUGGUGAGAGCGAAAAAACGUAUACACAUUUGGAUAUAUGGUCAAAUCAAAGUGACCAACAAUACAGAGUAAAACUAUUAGUUUGUAGGAGGUGUGGAAUAACCAAAUACCCACCUACGGUAUCUGCAACUGUUGUAUAGGUUUGGGUGAAUGUAAGAAAGUUGAGACUGAGUGAGCAAAAGGUAAGUUUUUCUGACGGGCAAACCCAGAGAAGUCGUUAAUAAUUGGCGCGUGUAACGCUUUUAUGCCUUGCAUGGUCCAUCACUCUAAUGACUCUCCGACUUGACCGCCACAGUAGCUUUAAGUGGCUGACACUCGUGAUUGAUAUUGUGAAUUAAUUUGUAAUGCACUUAAGUGGCAAUAUUGUUUACUAAAUGUUAUUUUUGAUAGAACUGAUAAUUGAACCUACUACGUUACCUUGAUCGUUUAUUUUACAAAUAUUAAAUAUUCAAUGUAAUAUCCAAUACACUAUGUAAUCGGUUUUAAUUUAGUUGAUUAUUGGAUGAUUUGUAAAAUGAAAAAACCGAUACACUACCAAGUAUACAUUAUAACAUAAUUAUAACCGAGCUCCAUUCGAAAUUGUUUAUUUCAUAAUUUAAACUAUAUACUAUAGUCACGGUGUACAGAUUGUCCGGUUUUUUUUUGUCACUCGUUUAAUUUAAUUUUCAUAUUUUUAAUAGGGUUGGAAAAUAUAUGGAGUCUGAUAAAGAAUACAAAGUGAUUUAUUCAACCAACAACAUCAAUCAAAGGAUAACUAUCCAGCAGACGCCAAAAACCAUUUCGUCAGCUGUAGCGAUACAACAACCUCAACCUUAA